AAUAUCCCUUGUCGGUGAAGGAGGAAAAAAUAAUUAUGAACGGAUUAUUAAUAAAGCUUUAGACGUAUAUUGACGGAAGGGAUUGAUGUGAAAAGCAGCGGAAGGCAAGGAAGAAGAAAGCAGAAUAAAUUCGUUUAUUUAAUCCUAGGGUUUCCUUCCUUUGUUGGGUUUCUCCAUAUGAGAUAUCAUCUUCUUGUUGCGGUCUCUGCAAAUAUAUAAAAUCUAAAUCUAAGGUUCAUGGCUGUAAACCCUAGACAGUUCAGAGCCCUCCAUGUCCAUUACACUGCCCAAAAUUUUGACGAUCCGGGCAAUUGGCGGUUUUUUGUAGCGGUUAAUUUUCCCACGAUUUGUUUUCUGCAGCAAAGAGAUAGAUUAAGUAGUAGGUUUUUGGUUUCUCGUAAAUAACCGGUCGGUAGUUCAAUAAGGCGCUCUGCAGAAUAUCAAUUAUUCGACAUGGGGCGAAGCAGGAAUCAGCGUAGAAGUACAAAGCUCUUUGACACUGAUGACGACUCUCUUAGUAGUACCUCCACUGGAGGACUGUCUGAUCUGACAAUAGCACAAGAAGUUGAGGUGGAUGGAAGUGAAGAUUUGGUGCUAGAUAAUCACUUAGAUGCACUGUAUGAAAAGAGGGCGUCAACUAGAGAAAAUGGCCUGAAAGGGUUUAUCAGUGCUUUUACAAAUGAUGUGCAGUAUGAAUUUGCAGAAAGCAAGAGUGAAACAUUGCUCGAUCAGUUAAUGAAAUCGAUGAAACGGGGGUCUUCUACUGAGGUGGCUCUUGCUGCACAUGCUGCAGGUUUGCUAGCAAUAACAAUUGGGGCUGGUGAUAUAGCCCAUAAAGUGAUGGAAGAUUCUAUUCCCAAUUUUUCUCGUGCAUGUAAAAUUGGAUCGGAUGCUGAAAAUUAUUCAAUGGUCCUGCAAUCGCUUGCUGUUGUCACUUUUGUUGGUGGAACUGAUUUUGAAGAAACAGAAAAGUCAAUGGAUCUUCUGUGGCAACAGAUCUCAGGGACUAAUAAAACACAGCCUGCAGUGAAAGCAGCAGCUAUUUCAGCAUGGGCCUUUCUUUUAACAACUCUCCCUACCCAUCAACUAGAUUCUCAGUUCUGCAAAAGAUGUCUUCCCCUGUUGUCAACAUUAUUGGAAGAUGAUAACAGAGCUGUUCGUAUAGCUGCAGGCGAAGCAAUAGCUCUUAUUUUUGAGACAGUUAAUUCAGAGGAUGAGAUUUUGGAUAAUUCUGAUAAUCUAGAUCCUGGCAGCUUUGAUCUAGAUAAUUUUCUACAAGCGAGGAUCCUUGAACAGAUGACAACACUUUCUAUAGAGGCUAGUGGCAAAGGGUCUUCAAAAAAGGAUCUUAAUAGCCAACGGAGUUCUUUCCGCGACAUUUUAGCAUCUAUUCAGGGUGGCAUGAAACCUGAGGCAACAGUGAAGUUACAAAAUGGUGAUGUUGUAAAUGUAUCAACAUGGACUCAAAUAAUACAGACAAAUUUUCUCAGACAUUUUCUUGGAGGUGGUUUUCAGAAACACAUGCAGGUGAAUUCACUCCUCCAUGAAAUCUUCAGUUUUACUCCUAGUCAAGAAAAGCAACAAGCACUCUCAGCCAAAGAGAAGAGACUAUAUAUGUCACCAAAUUCUGCUGCUAGCAAAGCAAGAACUCAGCAACGAAAUAAACGGCGCUCAGCAAAGCAAGAACGUGUUAGCUCUGAUUAAACAGUUAGGCAGUUGGAAAUUACAAAGCAUUACGGUUGGCAUCAAUUAUUGAAAAGUAUAAUUUAAGGUCUCGGUCAUUCCUACCGACAUUUAAUUGUUUGGCCAAUUGGGCUUGAUACCAUUUUUGUAUUUAUUAUUUGAUUAGACUAUGCACAAAAUGAUUCAGUGCUUGUUAUUUGGACAAUAAGGGAAGAAAUCCUAUUAUUUUUAUGUUGCCAUGGCAAUAACUUUCAAUCAAUUAUUUUCAGUCA